AUGAUUAAAAUUCAUCAGGAUAGAAUCUUCUUUGAGGGCCAACAUCAGACCUCGCUUCACCCAAACUCGAAUGAUCCCUCACUUCUUCAUCAUCCUCUGGACAUGAUUAGAAGAAAACACUCCCAAUCAGCAUUGGCCAAACUCGUUUCCACCAGCUCACCCAAGAGAUAUAAAACAACCAACGUAAGCGCCUCGCUCUGUAACUCACCUCAAUUCUUCCGAAAUCCCUCUGAGGCAGCAGCAGACGCAUCUGUACGUACAGAUGGUGAGAUUCAUUCCUUACAAACUGUCUUGAACAAGAUGAAUGUAUUGAACGACACUUUCUUAAAGCAUCCAAAUACCAAGCUUUCAAAACGUGCCACUCCUCCUCCUCCUAAGGAGGAUCAUCAGGUCCAAGAUCAACCCCUUUUCAUGAAUCAUCCAUCAAAAACAACCACCAUACAUCCGUCCAAUACUUCUCCAAUAGUUGGAUCACUUACGGCUGACGAAUGGUUGAAUCAUUUGAGAUCGAAUGAAUCAAAACCAACCCCUGUAAAAUCUCCAUCCAAAUCACCCUUGUCGUUGGAGGGAUCGUCUAUUGAUAUGUCCACGAAUCCAUUUGAAUUUCCCUUUGUGACCAUGAAGAAUGGAAUGCAAUUAGACAAGAGUAUAGAGAAAUCACAGGAGCAUGUGGAGAAGCAAGAGGAAGAGAAUGCGACGAAAGCGGCUAGAGAGGAGGAAAAGCAGUCGACCUCAAACGAAGAGACACCAUCUCAAGAGUCUCCUCCAAAGAGUGAGACUCAAAAUGUGACAACAUCAACAACCGAGGGAGAGAAAGCUCUGCAGAACAGCGUCCCAUCUCCCUCACCGAACAAUCAAGAGACAGCUUUCAAACCUAUUCGAUCCGAGCAUCUUCCAAUUCCAAAAAGACAAGUCGAAAAAUCUUCAGGAGCACCCGCUCAAACCUACGUUUUUCCCUAUGAAACUACAAAUAAGAAGAAAUCAAUAGAUGUAAUAAUACCCUCCCUAACCUACACCCAACAAGAUAAUAAGGAAGCUUUUGAAAAAUUCUACAGAACUGUGUCACCAACCAAUGCUAACAAGAGCCACCAACCGCUUCCCCGUCCUCCCAAAUAUGAGACGCACUUGCAGCCGUUUUCUGCACCAGUUUAUGACAAAAAUUAUCAAAAGGAGGUAGCAUCUUCAUCAGAAGUUUCCACUAGAUUUGACUUGGACGGGACCUAUUGUAAAAGUUCAAACAAUAAUUCAACAGAGAAAUUGCACAAACAAGAAUCGUUCAAGCUUCCCAAUAUUUUCAGGAAAGAAUCCUUCCAGGAUGUAAGAAAAAGUGAUCACAUGAUUACGUUCGAUCUGGACGGAGCCAUUUUCCCAAAUUUCGAUUCAAACCCUCCCUUUGUAAAUACAGUAAUCGAGAAAGCAAACACUCCCUUAAAGGCAACAAGGGAGAAUAAUGGUCCAACGCUGGCGUUCACAUCUUUGAACCGAAUCAUUCAUGCUAAGGUGCUAGGAAUGCAGAUGGACCAAAAUGCAAAUCUUUCCACGGCAAAGAGAUAUUCACCAGAAAAAAGAGACGAUCCAACAUCAUCACCAUUUAAAAAUGUUAACAACUUUCAUGGAAGUUCAAAGAAGCCCUUCAAUGGUUUGGUUGACCCAACCAAUUUCAAAAAGAGGACGGUAAAGAAACGGAAAUAG